UUACAAAAUACAUUUUCGACAUUAGUGCAUGGAUUUUGCGACUGAGUCCACACUGCCGCUAGUAGACCGAUAUAUGCUCGGCAAACCGCUGACCGAAGGCCGAGUCGGAUGGCUCAACAGCGAGCAAAGCACCAAGCUGCGCGAGCUGUGGCAGCUACUGCUCAAGGAAUGUGACAAGGAAGAGUACAUUGAUGUGAAAUUCAGCUUGGAGCAGCAAAAGGCCAAGGCCGCCGAAGCAGGCGAUAAGAGCGAGGAGAUUGGCAGUCUAUCAUUCGAGCCCCUAAUGGCCAUCAGCACCAAGGAGCAGGAGCCCAAAUCCGGAGGGUGGUUUGGAUGGGGCACAUGUCAGCAAAAUGCUACAAAUACGCUACCAAAGUCCAGCAGCAGAGCAUCGACCCCGGCGUCUACAGAUGCAGAGAAGGGGAAGGAUGAUGUGGAGAGCGAGGAGACAAUACGGCAGCGGCAUGAGACAGUACAAGAGCACCUGAAUGGUAAAGGCGAUGGUAGUGCAGUAGCCCCGAUAGAUUUUGUACCCUUGUUUGAGCAACCGAAGCUCAAGCGCACAUUCAGAGCUGCGUUUUGGCAGGCAGCGACGCAGAUUGGCGAUCCGGACUCCUGGGUGCUUCGCUUCCUGCGCGCGCGACAAUGGGAUGUCGAAAAGGCCCUGGAGAUGAUCCGGCGCACAAUUAUUUGGCGGGUUGGACAGGCAAUCGACGAAAUUGCAUUCUACGGCGAGUCCCAGCUGCACAACCUCACGAUGAACACAGGGCUAGCGUAUGCUUGCAUGGAGGAUAGGCUGGGAAACCCAGUCUAUGUUGUGCGUGUGCGCGCCAAUGUCGCUCGCAAUCGCAAUAUCCUGGCGAUAAAGAGAUUCCUUUGCUGGCAGAUCGAGACCUCGCAGCUGUUGACUGCCAAGAGCGACGGCAAGGUGACCAUGCUGUUCGAUUUCAAUGGAUUUUCGCGCGAAAAUAUUGACACAAAGCUUGUGCGCACGCUUAUAACGCUGUUGACAAACUAUUAUCCGGAGACUCUGGGUAUUAUCGUAUUGAAUGUCGACUCUUGGGUGUUUUCAAGCCUGUGGAUGGUUAUCUCGCCGUUUAUCGACCCCGAGGUCAGGUCAAAGAUUGUCAUGGCGCGCAAUGCCCAGGAGCUCGCUCCGUAUAUUGACCCCCAGGUACUAGUCUCUGAGCUAGGCGGGAAAAAGCAGUUUGUGUACGAGUAUAUACCGCCUGCUUGCGAUGAAAACACUAGGAUGGCGGACAUUGAUGCUCGUCGGGCAGCUGAACGCAAGUUUGUACAUUCUGUUGCGGCAUACGAACAGGCCACGCGCCAAUGGCUAGACAAUGUGGCAGACUCUACCAGCCCGAGUAGCUCUACCAGUCUGGGUGACUCUAACAGAGGCGAUACCAAGGAGGCCCUGCGCCAGGCCGCUAUUGAUCUCGAUCCAUUCAUUCGCUCGCGCACGCUGUAUCAUCGCUUUGGUUUUGUCAAUCCGGACCACUCCGCUUCCUUUUGAUAAACAAAUA